UCUCGCGAGAGAAGACUUCUGCGCCUGCGCAGAAGCAAGGACGUUUCCGGCAUUUACAGAUUCAAAUUAGUGGCGGGUUUGGACGGAUCCGGAGCGUAGGUUUAUCCGCUGGUACCUAGGUUCUUGUUCAUCUGCCCUCACCCAUGGACCCGAUCCAGAGCUUCUACUGCAAGUUGCGGUCUCUGGCCAGCACACUAGACUGCGAGACGGCCCGGCUGCAGCGAGCCCUGGACGGAGAGGAAAGCGAUUUUGAUGAUUAUCCAGUGGGAAUUUUACAUGAUCUUCAUUCAGAAGUCCAGACUUUAAAGGAUGAUGUUAAUAUUCUUCUUGACAAAGCAAGAUUGGAAAGUCAAGAAAACAUUGAUUUCAUAAAGGCAGCAAAAAUAUUGAUGAAAAAAAAUUCAACGGAUAUCAUAAAAAUUAGAGAGUUUUUCCAGAAGUAUGGAUAUAAUCCACGUGUCAAGGAAAGUUCAGUUUGUGAGCAAGAACUCACUAACUCUACCCAAGAGAUGGCUAAAUGUGAGAAUUUUGAAAAGCCUGAUGUGAAGGAUGAUAUGUUUGAUCCUUCUAUUCCAAGCAGUUCUGUUUCUAAGAAGAUUCCACGUAGUCCACAACUUUCGGAUUUUGGACUUGAGCGAUAUAUGAUAUCCCAAGUUUUACCAAACCCUCCACAGGCAGUAAACAACCAUAAGGAAGAGCCUGAAAUUCAAACUCCACCUACCAGUCAGUCACUAGUUAAAAUACUAAAAACUCCAAAAUGUGCUCUAAAAAUGGAUGAUUUUGAGUGUAUAACUCUUAAUGUAGAACAUUUUGGUAUCUCUGAACAUACUUUCUGUUUAAAUGAAGAUUAUACAAUGGGACUUAAAAAUGUGAAGAAUAUUAAAAGUGAGAAGACCCUAGAAAGAGAACCCAUGACCAAUAAUUUUUCUGUUACUCCUGGCCCCAUAAUUCAGCAGCUGGAAAAAAGUGAUGUCGAGUGCACAAAUUCCCCAUUGGCACCUACAUUCUGCACUCCUGGCUUGAAAAUUCCUUCCACAGAGAACAGCACAGCUGUGGUAUCCACAAAUUAUCCAUUACCAAAAAUAAAUAGUUCAUCAAAUGAUGUGGAAGUUGAAGAUUACACUCCACUAGUUUUAAAAUCAGAUGAGUGCUUUGAGAAUUUUAUGGAUCCCUUUUCUCCUACAAUUUCUUCUUACGAGAAUCUACUUAGAACACCUACACCCCCAGAAAUAACUGCAAUUCCAGAGGAUAUUCUCCAGAUGGACACAAUAACUAUUUUAUUCGUUUGUUUUUAUGUGAUGCUGAGGACCAAACCCAUUGCCUCAAUAUACCAGAUUUUGUCAAAAUGCAACUCAAACAUAGCUACUCCAGUAGCAGUAAAGGCAGUGCCACCCAGGAGAGGUUUCCUCAAAUACAAAAGACAGAAUACCCAAGAUGCUGGCGACAAAGAAAACUGGUGAAAGGUUUUGGUUUCAUUCUCUCACUCAGCUCCUUCUAUCACAUGGCAGCUGAUCUUUCAAGCUCUACUCUCCAGGUUGGCCACUCAGCAGAUCCUGAACCUCACUCUCUGGAAGGUUCCAACGUCUGGACCUGGGCCCACAGGCCUCCUACGUACCAUUGGCUAGGGCCACAGGAGCCUUUAAAACUACCUAGCAGAUUCAAACUGCCCCAUCCAUUAAGCUCAAGAUCCAUCUGAUUAAAAGCAACAAAGAACUUUUCAAAUUAUAGUCAACAGGAAAGUAGGACCUACCAUACUUUGGAGAUCAGCUAAAAACUUGAAAUUAGUUGACAGUUAUGACUAGGUGCUUGAAAGGCUCGGCUUUAAGAAAUUCAAUAUGGUAAAAUUGCCUUCUUAUAAUUGUGUUUUCAAAGUCAUGUGAAAGACCUGUGACAUUGACCUGUGUUAAUUUUGUCAGAAAAUUGUCACUAAAACCUGAUUUAUUUCUUGGCCAGGAAUUACUAUAGUUUUAAGUAUGAUUUUUGCUAAAUAUAGUGUAAGUUUUCAACAUAUUAUUUUCAAGGUAAAGCUGCUCUAGUGCACUUUAUGUAUGCUGAUAACUGAAAUUUAUUAUCAGCUUUUCAUUCACUGUAACAAUCCAUAGAACAAUCCAAUGUAACAAUCCAUAGAACCAGAUGAGAUUGCUGAAGGAGGAAGCAGUAGAAAGAGGCAGAGUGAUACAGCAUAAGGGGGUUGGGAAAAGUGGUCAAUUACUUUAAUACUUUACUCAAGUCAAGUAACAAGAGAACUGAGGAUUGAUCACUAGAUUUGGCAAAGUUGAUUCAACAACAGUAAUUUUGGUGGAGUACUAGUGAGGGAAGUCUGGUGGAUCUAAGAAGACAGGGGUGAGGAAAUAGACAAUGGCUUUAGACUGCUCUUUUGAGGACUUGUUAAUGAGGGGAAGAGAAACAGUGCCACUAGAGGGAUAUGGAGCAUAAAGACUUCUUAAAAAUGAGCAAAAAAAAAAAGAUUUAGGCAUUUGCCUAUAAGGGAGCUGCAUUUGUUUUAUGAUGGCCUUGGGCCUUCAAAUUUAUUUUGUUCAAAAUUUAUUAUUUUCUGAAUCUUUACUACCUUCCAUGAUCCUAGCUUGUUACUUAGAAUAGUGAUGCUUCCAGCUUCAAAUGUUGGGAUCUUUCAAGCACGUCUUCACAUUGCUGUUCAAAUGAAAUCCAGUAUCCUGAUUUGACUCCAGCUGAUGUCUCCCUCCUGCAGUGUGAUACCCUAGCCACACCACCACCAUCUUUUGUUUUCCCCACUCUUCCUGCAUCAGGACCUUGGCAGACACUAGAACUUAGAACCCAGCAUUUAGCAGAAUCUCAAUCCCUUAGCAUUGCCAGUCAGUGUCGGCAAAGGAGCCUAGAGAAAGUAGAAAAGAGCAGCACAAUAUCUUUUCUGGAGGUAGAGGAACACCUGGAGCUGCUUUUUACUACAGAAACAGCCUGCCAAGCAUGGGACCCUACACAAGACCCCUAACAAGAAGAAUGAGGUGUGAGGACCCCCAUGGUCAACCAAACUAACACCAGCUAGCUCUACCCCUGGACUUUCCAGUGAAAUGAUCCAUAAAAGUCCUUAUGAUUAAACUAGCUGAACUUUUCUGGUUAUUUCAAACUUGUAAGAAAGUUCUGAAUGAUGUGUUUAUCAGGUCUCAGAUUAAAUGUCAUUUUAUCAAAAACUUUAUGUAUCCUGCCACUAUGAAGGAGUCCCUCUCCUUUUUUGGUACCAGGGGUUAACUCAAGGGCACUGGACCAACCACAUCCCCAACCCUGUUUUAUUAUUUAUAGACAGGGUCUCACUGAGUUGCUUAGCACCUUGCAUUUGCUAAGGCACUAGGAUACAGGCAUGCGUCACAGCCCCCAGUUUCUCCCCCUUUUUAAAAGUUUCUUUCUUAACACCUGUUUUUGUUUGGCCUUCACAUUACUUGGUAGAAUUUGUAGUAUUUAUUUGAAUAUACAUUUAUUUAAUGUUUUCUGCCCUGCUAGAUUACAACCUUUAUGAGUCUUAGGACCUUGUUUGCUGUGUUCAUUACCCUGGUAUCUAGCAUGUUUAUUGAAUGAAUUGGUGAUAACAUUAAACAAUUACUGAGUAAUAAUUGAAUUACUAUUUAAUUCUUAAAUUUGAAGCAGGCACGUUGAUGCUUUAAUGAUUCACUUUUCUUUCCCAUUUCCCACCCGGGUCUUCCUGAUAAUCUCCAAUUUAAUCUCAGAUGUACCUUAACGCUCUGCCAUUACUCCAAUUCUCAUCCUGAUCAUCCUAACAGCAUUUGGCAUUCCUACCUCCUUGUGUUGAACCGACAGCAGUACAUAAGGUUGCAUAACCUCAUUUCCUCUUUUGUUCAUGCUGUAUCCUUAUUCUGGAGUAUAAUUCCCACUUGUCUUUCAGGAGUUGGACAAGUUCAAAUGUCAUCUCUUGUUAUCCUAUUUUCAGUAGCAAUGUUUCUCAUGACACUUUUCUGUUCACCUUUUAUUCAGUUUUUUUUUUUUUUCCUCCCUGCUAGACUAAGGUUUUCUGAGGAAAGAAAAAUCUGUAUCUCAUCUGUGUAAUUGGUCCACAACACCUGGUACCUAAGAUAGUCAUGCUACUGGAAAGACUGAGAGGACAGGGACUAGAGUAUUCAGGAGUAUUGUAAAUUCUCUGCCACUUCCCAAUAAUUACUAUUCAGAAUUCACAGAUUUUAAAAAUCCCUAAGGCAGUUCACCUCAUUCACAAUUUAAAUUGCUUUAAUUUCAUCAAAUUCUGUUAAGAUUGUCUUAGUUGAUUGUAAUUGGGGUAAUUUUAAUUGUAGAGUUAAGUCUGAACAGCCAGAGGCACAAAGGAAGGGGACAGAAAUACUGAAAACAGCAAAGAGAAAGCAGCUGUGACCCAGCAGAAGUAAUUCAUUUUACUGACCCAGAACUCUCAAAGGCGGGGAAGUUGGAGAUGGGGAGGGCGGGCAGCCCUUAAGCAGGUGGGUACCUGGCUAUAGUGGCUGUGAGGUUGAUGAAAAACAACUAAAGUUCCUACUGUGGAACCAAAGCAGAAUUUCAUAGGAACAAUGGUUGGAGAGGUGGCUGUGAAGGCCCUGAUGCCACAAAUGUCAACUGAUAUCAAUUGAUGGUCAUAAACUUACUGCACAAAAGAGAACAUGCACUAACAGGUACAAUAAACGCCAUGUUGAAUGGUCUGUUUCUAAUCAAUAAGAAACAAAGCAGACAGAUGUCAUUUGGCUACUCUUCCACUCAUUCUGGAAACCCUGGAUAUCUUAAAACAGAUUUGUGGUUUGUAUAAAAGUCGAAUAAAGCGGGUCUAUUUAUUUUCAAUGAC